UUAGGGCUUUUAUUUUGAAUUCGGAAACGGGAAGUGAAGCAGCUGCAGUCAGAUGAACUGCAGUGCACAGAUAUUGACACAAACCCUCUAAAACUCGCUCAAAAUCACACUGCCAGUAAUGAGAAGCACGGCAUGGCAGACAGACAGGACAAUGAGGUGGAGGAGGCUGAGCAGGUGUACCUGCUGAUGAAAGAGGAGUACAGGAUCUCACGCAACGUGCGUCUGUCCUGGUUCCUGAACCGGCUCAAUCAGGUCGUUCGGCCCGCUCCACCGUCUGAGCUGCUGAAGUCAGAGAACGAGCUGGAUGUUUUGAGCGUCCUCCCAAAAGGAUGGCAGCCCGACUCUCCUUCCUCUUCCUGCCCGUGUCUGCUGGUUCCCUCCACACGCGUGACCUUCCUGGCGCGCAGGUACCGCUUCAUCAUCGAGCUGGACCUGAGCCCGUCCACCGGGAUCGUGGAUGACAGCACAGGAGAGAUGAUCUUUGACGAAGUCUUCCACGCUCUGUCUCGGUGCUUGAUCGGUUUGGCAAAACCCUUUAAAGUCCCAGGAACGGAUCACGUGUUCCAGCCAGAGAUCUUCAUCACCAUUCUGGCGUAUUCCUCCAUCAUUGGCCUUAGCUCUCAUCAGGUGUUGGUUCAGGGCUGUCAGCUGGACUGUAUGGAUUUGGAGCAGUUCUUGCAUCAGAUCUAUCAGCAGCUGAGAGCCGUGGAGAGCAGCAUCGCUGACGUCUUACAGCAGCAGCACAAUCAGUUCAGUGGCUCGGUCCAUCAGUCCUUCUCUAAUGAUGCUGUGGAGGACGUGUCUCAGAGGAAGCCGGGGGUCUCCAUGUUGACGGCGGAUGUGGGGCUGGUCAGCAUGGUGAGGCAAGGGAUUCUGGCGCUGCAGCUGCUGCCUCCAAACUCUGGUGCAGGUAUAAUAAUCAUCACAGAUGGAGUGACGAGUGUCCCUGAUGUAGCUGUGUGUGAAACGCUACUGAACCAGCUGAGAAGUGGAACCAUUGCCUGUUCGUUUGUCCAGGUGGGCGGUGCUUACACCUAUGACUGUAGUUUUGGCUACAUCCCCAACGUGGAGCUGAUGAAGUUCAUCUCAAUGGCAACCUUUGGCUCCUACCUCUCCAUGUAUCCAGAGUCGGACUCUCCGGGCGAGGAGAUGAACGCUUACCACCGCGCCUUCCUCACAUACUCCUUCCUGAGGACCGGCGAGUCCAUGAACCCGGAGUACUACUGCUUCUCCCAGCACAGACUCUUUAAUGAACACCUGGUGUCCGCCAGCGGAAACCCUGCUUUAGUGAUGCGCAGGAAGAAACACACGGAGAAGGAAGUGCACGCUGACUUGAUCAGUGUCCUGUCCAUCAGGCUGCGAGAGGGAUACACCAUCCGAGAGAUCAACAUCACGAAAGGAGGAAGUCAGCUGGAGGUGAAGCUGGUCCUGCUCUGGAAGCACAACAUGCGUAUCGAGUACCUUGCCGUGGCGUCCUGGCCCCUGAAUCCAGUCAAACGCACCACCUGGGUGGAGGUGACCAUCGAAGGCAGCUACGACAUCCUCCAUGACAUCAGCUGCACCAUGAGGAAGCCAAUCACAAGCCCCUACCGGACGACGGUCAUCCGCCGCUUCUGGAACACUCUGCAGAGCAUAAAUCAGACAGACCAGAUGUUGGUGCACCUGCAGUCCUUUAAUUCCAUCCCAGAACACUACACCAUCCCCGAAAGCACCAAAAACGGGGUUCCUCUGUUUUACAUCCCACCUGGAUCCACCACACCGGUCCUCUCCCUCCAGCACAGUGGCUCUAAAGACUCCAGCCAAUCACAGUUUUCCUCCUACUGGAAGCCCAUCCUGUCCAUGGACGCCAACUUCUGGCAGCGCUGGCUGCACAUGCAUCGCAUCGCUAUCAUUCUGGAGCACGACAUCCCGGUGCCGAAGCACGUGCACAACGCUGGCAGUAAUGGUCGCUUCAGUACCAUCCAGUGUCGCAUCUCUCACUCGGCGCUCACCUCGCUGCUCAGGGACUGGAGCAGUUUCGUCCUGGUGGAGGGAUACUCAUACGUCAAACUUAUUUACAGUGCCUCUGAGCUGCCGCCCGUCUCCUUCUAUCUGGUGCGUCUGAUCUCUAAAGCUCCCUGCAUGGUGCUGCGAUUGGGCUUCCCCAUAGGAACACUAGCACACACCAGGAACAAGAUUGUGGAUGAACUUCGGGAGCAGAUCCUUCGGCUGCGGUUCCCUCAUCGAGUCCAGAAUAAGGAAGCCACGCCAAAAACCAAGCGGAAGAUUCUGGGUAACGCGUCGCCCUCCAAGUCUCCGCCUCUUCCUGUGCCCAAACCGGCGCUGUCUGACCGGCCGUGUGUGGUGGUGCUCAACAAACCCCUGGAAAAACUGCUGAUCAGGUACGAGAAACUUCCUUCAGAUUUCCGCACCCCUUUCAUCUUAAACAUGGAGCCGUUCGCUCAGCCGCGCGUCAUGGGCGCUCCUCUCAUCGUGGCUGCCAGCAGGACGGCGUCCUCCACCAUGGCGUCUCUGUCCCGUUACUUCCUGCACCAGCGCUGGGUUUGGGCCGUGCAGAACGGCCCGGGAACCGCUGUGUCGCUACACGCAGUCGCUCAUAUCCUCUCCAUGUUGUCUGAUAUUCGUCUUUCUGAAGGCUUCCACUUCGCCGCCAGUGGAGAGGGAAUCAUCAACAUGGUGGCAGAACUGCCAGUGCAGGUGAAAAGUCCAUCAGCUGGUUUGGACGGAGAAAAACACACCUGCAUAGUCCAGUACAUCCUUUUUCCACCUCAUUCCACUUCUACCAAGGACAGUUUCUCCACAGAUGAUGACAAUGACACGGAGGUGGAGGCCAUAGAUGUGGACACAGAGCUGAGUUUGGUGACGGAGUGCUGGGUGGAGCCCCAGAGCGGAGCAGUCUGCAGCUCACUGGAGCAGCACAGACACUUUCAGACGCUCAGCUAUCAGGAGAUCCCUCAGGCUAUUUUUCCCCGUGAUCUGUCGUGCAUGACGACGAUGAUUACGUUCGAGUACCUCAUCCAGCUGUGUCAGAACCGAGAGCAGGUGUGUCCUCUCAGCAGCGUCAGAGAUGCUCCAGGUGCUGCUGCUGAGGACUGCAUACACACUGUGCCUUUCCAGUUCGACCUGAUCAAACUCUUGCCCAAGUGCCAGCAGAUCGAGCUCUUCUUCUACACCUUCAGCCGAGAGGGGCAGGUGGGCGGCUCCUCUCUGCCCAACGACCUCCUCCUCGGCCUCUUCCACGGCUCCCUGCAGAGCGAGCUCAGCGAUCGAGAGAUCCCGUUGACUGACGGCGAUCAUGUGGCGUUCAUGCAUCACAUCCUAGAGCGGGAAAGAGACGGCCACGUGGCUCCGUUCUCACUUCCUGUCAUUAAAGAGGAGAGCUUGAAGCCUCCGGAGAGGCAGGACACUGUUUUGUCUUUCCACACGAUUGGAAGCAGUAAAGAGGUGACCGGCUCCUCCAGCACACUGCAGAGCUUCAGUAAUGCAGAUCUUGUGGAUGACGAGCCAGCUGGCGCGGAGCAGGACAGUUUAACUCCUCACUGGAAAUGCUACGCCAAAUACAUCAGUCAUCAGCAGAUCCUGCUCACUUUCCUGCCAGCUACAUUCACAGAUGUGCAGAUUUUGAUGUCGUCUGGGCUGGAAACUGAACCUCCAAUCAACAGAAGUUUCCAGGAAGAGGAGGAGUCCUGUAGUAACGGCAACGGCCAAUCACAGACAGACUCCUUCAGCAGCUCUGCCAAUGGUCCACAGGUUGGAUCGAGUCAACACGGAGAAGACAGGAAGCCGUCCACAGAGGAACCAGAAGCAGCGCUGGAGACGUCUGCAGGACAGAGUGAACCUGCUUCGGAGGAGAAGGAUGGCGUUCAGUUUGUGGAGCCUGAGAAGCAUCACAUCACGUUCAGCAGACAGACGUCUCAGCAGAGCGGAGCUGACGCAGCACGACCCCGCUGCCCCAUCUACAUCUACAACUGCUCACUGGAGUCCCUGAAAGAGCAGCUGGUCCACCCGCGCUCGGGACGCCAGCCCAGAGACGUCUUCUUCAGAGCUCAAGAGACAGACACCUGGGAGUUCAGUCAGCAGCCCAAAUACAGAUCAAUCUCUCAGGAGCGCAGCAGCGCCUCGUCCUGGACGGAGCUCAUGACACAACCUCACAAACACAAAGAACUGGCCAACUACUGCAGCCUGCUACAGGAGCACUACUACCAGAGCUAUGUCAAAGGUGUUUAUCGCAGUCUGCAGCAGUCACACCACGUGAGCUCACAGGAUCUACUGACAGCCAUGGACUACUGCGAGGAGUCGCUGCAGGAGAUCGACAUCACUUCCUUCCUGCAGACGCUCUGCGGACACGUGCGUGUGUUUCGUGAGCGUCACGAGCUGCACGGCUCCAUCAACGCAAGCAAGUCCAGUGACGCUUCCACCACCUUCACCAUCGGAGAAGGAGAAGACGAUGGAGCCGACAGAGCCACGCUGGUGUCUUCAUCCAGUAUUGAGCUGGAGGAUGUGAGUGAAGCUGAUUCCAGAGGGAAAGUCUCUGCUCCCACGUCCCCGCUGGACCUGGACGAACCCAAGUCUCCAAAAAUCCCAGAAUUCCCUCUGUCGCUUCUCCAGUCCCAGCAGAAAUGUGAUGUGUAUCCUGAUUUGCACAAAAUCAUACAGGACAAGUUCACAGAAAUUGGUGCUCAGUAUUUCAAGACUGUACCGUCCAAUCCACACUAUUUCUUUUACUGCCUCCCAUCUUCCAAAAAAGAGGAGGAUUCGGAGCGAGGAGGAGAGCGGAGAGCCAGUGAGGACUGUGAGGUGUCUGAAGCUGAACUCGCCACAGAAGACGAGAACGUGUCGGGCUGCUGCAUCGUGACGGAGAGUGACACGGAUCUGGAGGUGGAGUAUCAGGAUUGUGGGAAUGGCAGAGCGGAGGCCGGAGGACAGGGAGCAGGUGAAGGCGGGUCUCCGUCAGACUCCAACACGGUGAACCAGGACGAGGACUCCUUCAGUAUUCUGGACGGAGACUCUCUGCUGGAGCUGGAGGGUCCACAGCCGGAGAUGCCUCCUCUGUUCGUGCACCUCACCUGCUCCGUCAACAUGAAGAGCUGCCAUGGAUCCAUGCCCACGCAAACACUGCCAACCUGUCUGGGUGAAGUCAUUUCCUGUCUUGAGAACGCUGAGGAUCUUCAGUGGGUGGAUCUGAAGGAGUUGUCUGUCACUCUGGAUAUCUUCGUGCUCACGUUACCUCUGGAGAUCGAGGCCAUGGCUCCUGACUUCCAUCACAACAGAUACACGUCUGAGAGCAGCGUGUCUCUGAACCGUUCUCCUGGACAGCCCUCGUCCUAUCGCUCUGACGAGGAGCUCAUGGCCAAUCUGGACGGCCUGCGCGGGGUCGGUGUGGAAAGUAUGUCUGGAGAUCCCUUGUCCAAGCUUCCUGUUCCACACAAAAUGGCUGUUUUAGCCACCAUGGAUGAGAUCCGCUGGCUGUUGGAGGAUGAGAUGGUCUCUGCUCUGCGGCGCUCGUCUGUCAUCAGCUCCUCUACGCUGCAGAAAGUGUCGGAGCACGUGUGUCGCUCCAGCGGCCGGCCGCAGUGCCACUGUGAGCUCGUUCCCCUCCAGUUCGUGUUUGGUCCCGAGCAGUCGCUGGAGAAGUUUCAAGAGGAGUUCAAGAGGUUAUCUCUUCCUGGUUACCUGCUGAACGCCGAGCAGCACAACUUCCACUACGUCUCACUGAGUCGCCAGCAGACUCACAGACUCCAGCUGUCUAACAUCGCAGCUCAGUACUCGGGAACCAGCUCUCAGCAAACCAGCCAGUGUCCCGAGCUGGAGGACAGAGCCAGAGCAUCAGCAAACAUCUGCACGCCAGACAAAGACCGAGAAAGAGACUCCAAGAAAAAAGAGCCUGACACUGAGCAGGUUGAGUGUGGAGACACGCAGAGGGCCGAGGAGGACACACGGCCUGCAGCUGAUUCAGCCAGCGAGUCUCUCUCGGAGACCUCUGACCCCGGGCAGAUCAAGCAGACCGACCCCGAGGAGACUCGACCUCAGAGUGCUCACCUGCAGGCGGGCAGCAGCAGCACCGAGCGCUCGUCUGAUCACAUGACCCCUCCGAAAACACCCUCCGCUGCCAGCCUGGCCGAGUCCGUGCAGUCCACCACACACAGCAGUGGGAAACUGCGUCCCAGUCGAGUUCAGAGCGUGGUCUCCAGUCAGGGCAGCCUGGACUCAGACAUGCUGGGUUAUGACGGAGGCAGCAGUGACUCUGAGUGCGACGGACCCACUAUGAAUGAGCAGGAGAGACAGACGCCGCUCAUGCCUGAUUUCUGGCUCAUCAUCAGAAUUCAUCAGGACAGGGUGGAGGUUUUCUCUCACACCAGGAGUUUUAACAGAGAGGAAGAGGAGGAGAUCCCAGAGUACCUGCGUCUUCAUCAGCUGGUGGUGAGGAGGAUUGGAGAAAUGUGCCGAACAGUCAACCAGCGCCUCCUGCUGCAAGACCUGCAUGACAGUCACGUGUGUCACUCUCUCCUGGUGGCUGAGAGCGAAGAGGACAUCUGGAAGAACGAGUCGCUCUACCGACCCAGGAUGACCAACUCUGACGACUACACUGCAGACGAGAGCUAUCAGCCGCGGGACUACCUUGCCGCCACCAUGCAGUUCAUCCCGGGUUACUUCGCCUGUGACGUGGUCUGGAGCACCGUUAUUUAUAUUCACCCCCGACUCAAAAUGGGGCCCAACAUGGGCGUGUCCCGAGCUAUCCAGGCUCUGCGCUCCGUUUUAAACGCUUUCUGUGUGGUAAACCGCAAAAACAUGUUUGUUUAUCAGGAGCGCACCACCAAAUCUGUGUUCUACCUCCGACUCUCUGAGACGUCUCAGGCAGGGAAGUACAGUGAUUUGGAUGGAAACGUGCACGUGUCUCGCUCUGUGGGUCUGGCCCGCAGCCAGGAGCCGCUGGGCUCUGAGGACCUCACGGCAUCACGCUCAUCUCUGGAAGGCUCCCGGCCGGUUGGACUGGUGGACAAACACAUUCUGCUGCAGGUGCAUGGCGUAGGGACCGCAGGUCCAGAGAUCACGGAUGAGUUAGUGAAGGUUUUGAGGAAGCGUCUGGACGAAGCCACGCUGGACAUCAUCACAGUCAUGCUGGUCAGGAACUGCAAACUGACACCUGCAGAUGUGGAGUUCAUCCAGCCUCCCGGCUCUCCGGCGACGGAGGUGAUGGAGUUCUGUCUGCCGCUGUACUGUGUGCCGUGGAUCCAGGCCGUGGCUCACUACCUCCGUCAGAACCUCCUCAUCUUCCUCCACAUCCCCAAAUACACCGACAGCAACAUGGAGCACCACUUUAAGCAUCACUUCCAUCUGAGCAGCGAGCUGCCCGAUCAUGACAUCUAUCUGUACAAUAAACCUGGAGGCCAGGGCACAGGAGGCAAAGGUACAAUGUCGGACCUUGUUCAGAAUCUCUUCCCAACAUCUCAGUUUCAAGGGAUUGCCUGCAUCGUGCUAUCGUUCGUGGACGCUAAAGGCUGCAUGCUGCAGAUUCCUACUCAGGACGGCAUCGCUCCGGCUCUCAGAGGAGACGUCUCCAGCAUCUCCCUCCAGCCGGACCAGUUCGAGACCUUGACGACUGUGGUCAAAGAGGACUCUGGCAGCCAGAGCUCAGGUGCAGCCAUGCGUGUGCGCUUCGACGUGUGGGAGCAGGGUAACAUCAGCCCCCUGCAGCUGACCGACAGGCUCAGGGCGGCCCUACGCCACGCCCUCUGUGACGUGGUGAUGGAGAUGCGUGUGCUGCCCAACCCGCUGUGUCUGGACACCUUCUGCCUGCCUGCUGCCGCCCCGCGGGACGAGAGCACAGUUCCCUUGAGUCUCCUGCAGUCUGACAGUAAGGAGAUGAAGGAGAGCGUUCGGCGGCUCAGUGGAGCUCAUGGGCUCAAGAGCGGUCCGUCUCCCAUCACCCUGAGCUCAGCGCCCAGCUCCACCACGACAACUGGAACCAGCACACCUGAGUCCACCACACCCACCGGCAAAACCACCCGCCGCAGCUUCUGGGAAAUACUGAGUAAACCAGAGACUUCUGAGCUUGGCAGUCCGAAGACGACAGAUGACAUCAUACCGGAGCGCGUCGAGGACAGUCGUGUGAACCGACGAAGACACAAGACGGAGAGCGUCAAACAGCAGUGGAACCACGAGAAAGCCAUGGCAGUCGAGCAAGAGCAGGCCCAGAGGAGACAUGCAGUCCAGCUGGAGGAGGGUGAUACAGGCACGCUUCAGCCCGUCUUCCACAGCACGUACCUGCCCUGGGUCACCUUCAUGAACAGACUGGGUUGUCCGUCCAUCCAGCACUGUUCAGCUGAAGUCUCGCAUCACUUCCUCCUGCCCUCCAUCCUCACAGAGAUCGUCAAUCUGGUCGGCUCACUGGCCAGUGACACGGCAGUCAAAGUGUUCGAAAGAAGCAGCUGUCCUCAGGGAGACAUCUAUGUCCCCCUGUCAAUCAUCCAGCACAUCAGCCAACCACCUGGCACCACCAGGAGCUUCAUUCUCAUUGGUCGGAACUUCAGCCAAUGGCAUUGCAGUACAGAACAAGAAGACAGUUCAGAUGAAGAGAACAGUCCAGUACUAAAUAGGUGCACACCUCAUAAGGGCAUGCAGCGGUUCGAGGCUUUGGAGCACAGUGAUUGGCUGAGCCCGGGGCAGGCUGUGAGGGGCGUGGCUCCACGCCAGCGCUUCCUGUACAUGCAAAUUGUUAAUAAGAAGGUGACUCUGUACACGUAUAACUGGUCGGUGGAUCUGGGCGUCUCUCUGAAUCAGGGUCUGGUCAGACUGGUGCAGUGGCAGAACGCCCGCGCUCAUGUGGUCAACUGCCUCCUGAGUCAGAAAAUGGGUCUUUUCCAUCAUUACUGCUCCUCUGAUGCACCUUCACAAGAGGACCUGAAACAGCAGGAGCCCAACCCGUUCCUGAGCUCCACGAUCGAGGCGGACGCUCUGCUGAGGAGUCCGGUUCCUCCGGCCGCGAGUAAGGAUCCGGGUCGGAUGGGCAGCUCUGCUCGUGCUCUUCCUCCUCUGGCCUUCCCCGGAGAACUCGUGCCCUUCGAUGAAGCUCUGAGAGACGUGAACACGGUGAGGCCCCUGACCAGUCAGGACGGGCCCGAUAUAGUCACUCGCCACGGAGCCCAAAUACUGGAGGUCAAAGCCGCUGAACGCAGAGAGCUGGAGAGACAGAUGAAGAUUGAGAAUCUGUUUGUGACGUGGCAGCAGCGCUCGGCUCAGUCUAACAUGCCCAUCUCUGUGGCCGAUCUGGACACACUAAAGCAGUCCUCUCGACUGGUCCAUUACUGCGCCACACCGCUGCUCUUCGACCCUGUCUUCCGGAAACAGAUUCAAGAGGAACAGCUGCCUCAGCCCCAGAUGAAGAAGCGGCAUCGCUCCAGUGACUCCACGGCGUCCGGCCGAGAUCGCAGCUACAGCACAGAUUCUGCAGACACGCUUCCCAGUCGCCUGAAGGAGGAGCCGUGGCUGCAGGACAUCUCCAGCAUGUUCCUGCAGCAGUAUGUGCAGUACCUGCAGAGCAUGGGCUUCAUCCUGGUGCAGGUCCGGCCGCAGUCGCCCGCUCGCAGCAUCGCUCGAGCCCGAGCCGCCAUGUUGAGUUCUUUAUCCACUGAAGGCAGAUCAUCCUUCUCCUCUUUCUCAUAUAAUAAGCAGAAGAGUGAAGACAGCCCCAAGCAGAGCAGCACGUCCAGCUCUGCAUCAUAUCACCUGCAGAGGGCGCUGCCAGGAGGAAUCGUCCUGAUGGAGCUGGCUUUUCAAGGCUGUUAUUUCUGCGUGAAGCAGUUUGCAUUAGAGUGCUCAAGGAUUCCCAUGGGUCAGACGGUUAAUUCUCAGGAGUCUCUUCUCAACAAACCUCCUAGCCAGCCAUUCCCCGAGGUGCCCACGGCCUCUGACUCUGCGCUGUCCAUGCUGUUCACCGAGGAGUGCGAUAAGGUGCGGGAUCUGAUGCACGUUCACUCCUUCAGCUACGACUUCCACCUGCGUGUGGUGCAUCAGUACCUCGUGGGCUGUCACAUGACCCUGCGGCAGGGGUACCAGCUCACUGCCUUUCUGGAGGACUUCAUCGCCCAUCACCCCGACAUACCAAAGUUCGGACGCAACCACGUCUUCCAGGGGAGUUUCUCCAUAUCGACGGGGAUGAUCACAGCACAUCAGCUGUAUAAUUACAUCACUGAUCACGCCGGCACUUACGGGAUGAAGCCCUUGCGCAUGUCUAAAGCUGCAGUUACCACUGAUAACAAAAAGGGGGCGCCGAGCGCAGACCUGCAUGAGUACGCACUGGUCGCUCUGUGGAACAGCUCUGGCUCAUUUAAAGACUUGGAGGGAUUGCGACACCACGAUGACUUUGACGUGUCGCUGCUGGUUUGUCAUAACGCCGCCCCGUUUGAGGAGCAGUCGGAGGGAGAGAGACACCUGCUCAGGCUGCGUUUCUAUGUGAUCAUGACCAGUCAGAGGGAGCUGUUCCCGCGUUUGACUGCAGACAUGCGGCGCUUUAAGAAGCUUCCUCAGAUCCACCGUGACCCCGGUGACCUCAGCGGCCGCAUCCCUGCGGAGCAGAUGGAGGCUUGCAGCCCGGGGACGCGGGAAUCUGAGCUGGACCUGUGGGAGGACACCAGCGUCCCCGUCACCCCUCCAGCCAGCCCUGAGUCUGACCCCAUAGAGAGCCUCCUGCACACAGACGCAGACGCAGACGACUCUCAGGGGCUCUUCUACCCGUGUCCUCUCUUCCCUCUGCUCAGUUCGGAGGUGCUGUCUGCACGGCGGCAGAUUCAGAGCAGCGUGGAGCAGGCCAUGGGCCACUGCCGCAGGGAUAACCUCUGGAGGAGACUCUUCCACGGAGAGCACCUGGCUCUGGAUAAACUCAAACUCAGCAAACUGACCUUCGGUGAACUGGAGGAGCUGCUGGACGCUGUGCAGAGCAGAUCAGUCUCUGAGAUUGACCCACAGCUGGACUGUUUCCUGAAUAUGAGUCCCGGCUGGUACCAGAGUCUCAUCAAAGUCCUGCUGUCACGCUUCCCACAGAACUGCAGACACUUUAAAGACGACAGCGGCAUACAGUACCUGGCCGUCCUGAACCAGAAGUUUACAGACUGCUUUGUGCUCGUUUUCCUGGACACACAGGCAGGAAAAACUAGUCUGAAGGUUGUUUUCCGGGAGCCGUUACCUGCGCAGACGCAGUCGAGCAGCAGUCCUCCACCGCAGCUGGUCUCCAUGUAUCACCAUCUGGAGUCGGUCAUCAACACCGCCUGCUACAACCUCUGGACGGGCCUGCUGUGAAGCUCAAGUGUCUGACAUCGGUUUGAGCUCUUAGACUGAGACUGAAUGCGUCUCGCGUGUGUAAUGCAUGUUGUGUCGACUAGGUUGCAUCCAUUGCCAAUUAAAUAGCUAAUAUUUUGCACAGGGAAACAGCUGAAUGUGCCGGCCUGUUGAUUGGAGGGGGGUUAUCUGGGAGGGUGUAUUUAUAGCGUGUGAGACUCCGCUGGUUUGCCAAAGCCAUACUGUCUUUCUGUAGUCUAGCGUUCAUUUGUGCGUAGGUUUUUUUUUUUCCUCCAUCUCCUCUCAGUUGCUGUUUCUGUAGCCUGUGUGCAAUAGUUUUUUUUUUUCUCAUUAUGCAUCUCUCUGUGCAUCAUUGUCUUCACUGCCGUUUUUUCAUCAUAAAAGUGCCUUUAUUUUACUUUCACAUAAAUUUGAUGGAGGCUAGUGAAUUGUUCUCUUAAAGGGACAGUUCCCGCUAAAAAGAAAUUAACAUAAUUUACUCAUCCUCGUUUCAUUCCAAACCUAUGAGUUUCUUUCUUCUGUUGAGCACAGAAGGAGAUAUUCUGAAGUAUGUUGGUUACCAAACAGUUGAUGGUAGCCAUAGACUUCCAUUGUAUUGAAAAUAUACUAUUGAAGUCAAUGGCUACCUUCAACUGUUUCGUAACCAACAUUCUUCAGAAUAUCUCCUUCUUUACUCAACAGCUAGAAGAAACUCAUAUGGGUUUGAAACAACAUGAUGACAGAAUUAGAUUUUUGCGGGGACUGUCUCUUUAAAUGAGUCGCAUGGCCUUCAUGUACCUUCAACAUAAAGAGCUGGACACGAUUAGUCUGAAACGAUACUGGACGCCCAAACUAACUAAACGAACGGGGAAGAUUUACCUCCUGUAGUGACAGACACUGAAGAAUGAAAUGGUUUUACUGUUUGGUUUUCUUGGAGCACACUGGACAUUUUUGAAAGAAGCGUUCAUUAAAAUGUUAGAACAUUAAUUAGCAGUUCAAAUGUGUGAACAGGUCAUUUGUACAUUAUGUAUAUAGAGGCGGAUUUGUAAGAAAAACGCUUACCAAUAAAUCUUAAAUUAAAACAUCU